AUGCUACCUCACGGUGUCCGCCCUGAGAACCAGCGCCGCCGAGGCACACCAUCACCACAAACCAACGGGUCAGAGCCUAAUGGAUUUGUUGACUCUGCCUCGGAUCCAGAGUCUGCGGUCUUUAACCCUAAGUUAAUGGACGUACUCAAGGUUCGCUUCUUGCUCCAGUGGAAGCUCACCGUCGGUCUCCCCGAGGAACUCGUCGAUAUGAUCGUCGAUGCCGCCGAAUAUUGGCCUUCGACGGAGCAUGUGAUAGACGAACAAAGGACGAUCCACAAAGAUUGUGAUCAAGUUUUGUUGAAAACAGUGCCAUUCCUAGAAAAGGGAUCAUCUCCAAAACCAUUACCUCAUCGAGGCGCGCAUCCCUGUCGCAGGAUCAUCUUCAACCUUUCAUCCCGCGAUCAAGGUGGGGGACGGCCCCGCCACAACAUGUACGAGUUCUCGUGGACGUGGUUCGAUACAGAAGUGAUCCAUGGCGCACACAAGAAGUGCAUGUAUGCCAAUGGAAACGAGCAAGAGAUCCUCGACAACGAACGCGGACAAGUGCGCAAACAUUACACCGAAGCCGAUGACCUGUUGCUACCGCGCGGCAAUAAGUUGCAGGUGAAUGGAGCUCAUGUCAGUGAGAUGCAACACAAUACGAUCAUAUGGGACUACCGUGAUGAUGUCAAGGCGGACUCCCCCGAAGCCCAUGAGAUUGAGAAGACGCGGGGCCGUGGCCGCCUUACCCUUGAUGGACGUGGGGUGCGGGAGCUGGAAGUUGGGGACUCCAUUGCACUGUGGGCCCGGGCGAGGUUCCCCGGGUGGUCGAACCAUGUGCAUCGGGCCAGCGUGAGAGUCUACUGGGCUGUAUAG